AUGGCUCAGAGGAUGGAGCCCUCUUCAUCAAGGAGCAUGGCGUCGUGGGCUAUCGAGGAGGAAGACACCGAGAAGGAGACUAGGCUCCCGCUGAUCAUGUGUCCCACAUGCAAGAGAGAGAGAGAGAGGGUAAUCAAGCUGAUAGUGAGGACAACGGAGAACGGCAACCAGGGGCGCAUGUUCUUCAAGUGUCCCAGAAAUGUGCCCGGGAUGACUGGUAGAUGUAGGUUCUAUGAAUUCCAGAAAGCAUACUUGAAGAAGCUGAUGGAGUUGAAGUUUGUUGUCAUUGAUCUUGAAGCUGGCCUGGGUGCAGAAGAAGUAGAAGAAGCUUGGGGAUUUGGUGAAGAAGAAGCACAGUCAAAGUGUGCUGGGAAGAAUAGUAUGGAAGCCAAGAUGGAUGCCCUGAUUUCUUUGCUUAAGAUGUUGGUUUUAGUGUUAUUUGUUAUAUGCAUUGUUGCCAUAAUGUAUGUGUUCAAGUGA